UCACUCUGGACCAAGUGGUAACAUUAAGUGGUUGGAAGUAGAUAUCUAAAUAGGACAUAGGAGCUUUGGCCUAAAAUUGCCUGUUUUUCUCCACAGACUAUAAAGGCAGUCUAAGAUGAGUUGUUUUAUAUGUAGACAUGCACAGCUUAAGUGUAUUUCUGGCUAUUAUCUGUGCAAGAUUUUUUAUCUCAUACAGACCAUAUAACCUGUAUAGAAUAGUAGUGAAAUUAUGUGUUAACCUCUGUCCUAACCAAACACUUGGAAAAAGAAAUCGCUGAUCUAAGUCUUUGGCUUUGCUUUUUUAAGGUUUGUUAAAUGUAAAAUUAGGGUUAACACAGUGUACUAACAAGUUUGGCUGGUGGGUUGUAUCUAUUUCCAGAUGUGUCCCAUUCCUUGUGACAAAGUGAAGGAGGAAAUAACUCAUGAGAAUGAGGUUUCAUGAAAAUAGUCAGAUAAGCUCAUUUUGGAAGGUAUAGAAUGAUUCUUUUUUUGUUCUAAUAAGCAGGAACGUGGUGCGCAGGGUGAAGAUUUACACUCAUCUGCUGCAGAUUUUCCUAAAUGGGUGCUUUUAGACUCCAGCUUCCUUCAUUCCUGUGAUGGUCUGACUGCAGAGAGUCUGUGGUGCUUUUCUAAUGAGUCUGUGGUUGUUUUCUAAAGAGUAUUUUCUUACAGUUGUUUGUGUUAUCUGGAACAGAAUCCCUGGAAUGCCUUUCUCCAUCUUUGAGACAUCUUGUGUGAAUGAUCUGCUGGUAGCCUUUACAGCCCUGAACAUCAGCUCAGCUGAGAAGCUUCUGACAGUUCUGUGUUUCUUGGUUUUGUAAUUAGCUAUCAGUGUUAUUUCUGGAGCUCUGUAGGUGCACCAGGCUACUGUUGCUACUGAAGCUUUCACUGAGCACUCUUUUAAUUCCCAAGGAGUCCAUAGAACAAUGCUGGCAACUGGUUCAGGCUCCCCAAGGAAAGGAGCAGCAAAGUGGGAUGGGCUUUAUAACCUCUGUGCUUGCUGGGUCUUCAGAGGAGUGAUUAGUGACUCUAUAUAGUCAGGUACCUGAUUUUUUCCAAGGUGCUUUUUAAAUUUUUUUUUUUCAAUUUUUGUUGUGAAAUAACCAAGAAACUUCAGAUGCAGUAUUUUUUAUAUUUUAUUUAUUUUUGACAUGUGGAAUGGAGGUACAUUCAUUCCAUGCUGGCUGGAGUCAUGCUUUUGAAAGUAAGACAUAUUUACCCAGCUUAUUUGGUAACUGUGGGACUCUGUGGAUUGUGCCUUUUUUUAAACUUUAAUAAAUGAACUGUAUUCUCAGUAGUGGAAAGCCUGCACACUGGUGUGAUGGAGUUCAUAUUUCUUGUUUUAUAUUUUUCUUUUUUCCUCUGCCUCUGUGCCUUGGUGUGCCUUUAUUUUUCUGGCUGCCAAGAAAUGACAUAUAAGCAUGAAGAGGCAUGUUGUGGAGACAUUUUUUGGAUUUGAUGAAGAGUCUCUUGAUUCAGAAACUUCAUCUGUAACUUCCUACAACACAGAUAA